GCUAGAGGAGUGAGGAGGAAGUUAUGAUUUAGUUGGAUUUCCCUUUUAGAUUGAACACUCAAACACAGCAGUCAUCGUGAAUUGAUGGUAUGAUGAUGGCUCUUGUGUUUAUGAUUCUGCUUUUCAUGUUGAGUUCUACACAAGGACAAGAGCAACAUGUAUUCAAUGUCAUAAACACACGUUCUGAAACUGAGGAAUUUAACAUGACCAUUGUAGUGGACGAUAAUGAAUAUCUCCAUGUAUAUUUAAACAACAAAGAAGGCGUGGUAACGUUGCCAGAAUGGGGAAAUUAUGUAGAUUGUCCUAUUUGCGUCAGAGUUGCAGAGAGCCGAAGAGCAGAUCUUAACAAUGACAUUAAACUCUUCAACCUUGAAACCCCCGAAGCUAAAGUUCCUCCUGAGAUCAAAUUGUAUGCCAAGGAUGAAGUGAAACUGGGAAUAAACAAUUCUCUCGUCUGCUUCGUCAAUAAUUUCUUUCCUCCGCCUGUCCAAGUGAAAUGGACCAAGAAUGAUGAGAACGUCCCCAAGGGGGUUAAAGUGGGUCAAUAUGCAACCAACAGUGAUUACACUUUCUACCGUUUCUCCACUCUGACCUUUGAACCACAAGAGGGAGACAUCUACACCUGUAUUGUGGAUCACACGGCCCUAGAUGAACCUCUAACCAGGACAUGGGAGUUCGAGGUGCCCCCCCGUGCCAGUGUUGGUCCUGCUGUUUUCUGUGGACUGGGUCUGACUCUGGGGCUGCUGGGAGUCGCUACCGGAACAUUCUUCCUCGUCAAAGGAACCCAAUGUCAAUGAUAAUACCCAGUAUACUCUCUAUGUCUCUGGGUGAUAAUACACAGUAUAAUCUCUAUGUCACUGGGUGAUAAUCCACAGUAUAAUCUCUAUGUCACUGGGUGAUAAUCCACAGUAUAAUCUCUGGGUGAUAAUACACAGUAUAAUCUCCUAUAUGUCUCUGGGUGAUAAUACACAGUGUAAUCUCUAUGUCUCUGGGUGACAAUACACAGCAUAAUCUCCUACAUGUCUCUGGGUGAUAAUACACAGCAUAAUUUCCUAAAUGUCUAUGUCGCUGGGUGAUAAUACACUGUAUAAUCUCAAUGUGUCUCUGGGUGAUAAUACACAGUAUAAUCUCCUAUACGUCUCUGGGUGAUAAUACACAGCAUAAUUUCCUAUAUGUCUCUGGGUGAUAAUACACUGUAUAAUCUCUGUCUCUGGGUGAUAAUACACAGUAUAAUCUCCUAUACGUCUCUGGGUGAUAAUACACAGCAUAAUCUCCUAUAUGUCUCUGGGUGAUAAUACACAGCAUAAUUUCCUAUAUGUCUAUGUCGCUGGGUGAUAAUACACUGUAUAAUCUCUAUGUGUCUCUGGGUGAUAAUACACAGUAUAAUCUCUGGGUGAUAUACACAGUAUAAUCUCUAUAUGUCUAAUCUCUGUCUCUGGGUGAUAAUACACAGCAUAAUCUCCUAUAUGUCUCUGGGUGAUAAUACACAGCAUAAUUUCCUAUAUGUCUCUGGGUGAUAAUACACAGCAUAAUUUCCUAUAUGUCUAUGUCGCUGGGUGAUAAUACACUGUAUAAUCUCAAUA